AUGCAAAAAAGACAAUCUUUCUCUGUUGUUGCUUCGGUGGCUAUUAAUUUGGCACAACUUUAUGAAGAUGUAAAUUUAUCGACUGUUAAGACGCACCCACCAAGCGAUGACACACAAAGUGGCCAAAAUGUUGACCCUUUUGUUGAUGAUGAAGAAAAUGAGAUUGAUAAUCGAAUAGGCACACUUCGUUCCAAUGAAGCUAUAAAUGAGAGGGAUAGGGAAAUUGUGGCAAUAUUAAGAAACAUGCUAGAUAAAUAUAAUAGUUUGGCAAAGUGUUUUCGCUUUGCAAGAAAUAGGUACCAACAGGAAAAUUGCACAAACAUAAAGUUUAAGUUGAUUAGUAAAAGGACUACAGAUGGCAGGACAUACAGCUUGCCAUCUGCAUCUGAGGUAGCUGCAUUGAUUGUUGGCGAUGUCAAACAACUUAGCAAAGAUAGAGAUAUUAUUAUAGAGAGGAGGAUGGAUUUCAUUUGGAAAAGGACGGGUGAAUCUCCGUUAAUUCUGAGAUCAAAGAGAUUAUUCCAACAGUUUCUGGUAGAUGCCUACACAAUGGUGGAAUCAAAGAGGUUAAAAUUCUUUAGGUGUAAACAACCACAGUUGAGGGUUGAUAAAUACAAAUGUCUGCAUGAAAGUCUUAUAAACGGGGAUGUAGAUGCUGCAAGGCUUGGCAAAAGAAUCAUUCUUCCCAGUACUUUUAUCGGUGGACCUAGGUAUAUGAUGAAUAAUUGUAAAGAUGCAUUUACAAUUUGCAAAUAUACAGGAUAUCCUAGCUAUUUUAUUAACAUGACCUGUAACCCUGAAUGGGAUGAGAUAAGGAGAGAAGUGACUCCCAUUGGAUUGAAGGCAGAAGACCGUCCUGAUAUAUUGUGUCGAGUUUUCAAGAUCAAGCUUGAUGGUUUGAUUGAUGGCGUAAAAGAGGGAAAAAUCUUUGGCAAAAUUUUGGGAUACGUUUGCACUGUAGAGUUUCAAAAGAGGGGGCUUCCACAUGCACAUAUCCUUUUAUUCAUGAGUAACAAGUUCAAGCCACAAACACCAGAUGACAUAGACAAACAUAUAACAGCUGAGAUUCCUGAUGAAAAUGAAAGGGCAAAUCUACAUGGAGCUGUUCAAAAUUACAUAGUACAUGGUCCAUGUGAAUUGUUGCUCAAGUUCGGGUGCCACAUAAAUGUGGAAUACACAUGCCAAACAAGUUUUAUUAAGUAUCUGUUUAAGUAUGUACACAAGGGUAAUGACCGCGUAACAGCUACUCUAUACAAUGCUGGUGAUUCAUCAGAAGCCACACAAGUUGUUGACGAAAUUAGGAAUUACUACGAUUGUAGGUACAUUUCGGAUGAGCAACCUGUGGUUUAUGGUGAAACUUCUAAUGUGAAUGAUAUCGUCGAAAGAGCAAUAUCUCAUAAGUCCAUGUUUUUGGGAUGGAUGGCGGCGAACAUGUCAUAUCCCUGUGCUCGAAGUCUGACUUAUGCUGAGUUUCCAACCAAGUUUGUUUGGAAGGACAAUUCUUCAAAGUGGUUUCCUCGAAAGAAAGGCUUCGCAAUUGGAAGGUUGACUCAUGUACUUGCAGAGUUAACAAUGUCAAAUGAUGAGAUUAAGCAGUUGUGCUUAAUGGAUAUAGACAAGAUCUUAUAUUCCUAUGGUAAAACCUUGAAAGACUAUCCUCCUAUGCCUUUAGCAACUGAAGUUGAUAGUCCUUUGUUAACCAAAAGGGUUAUUAGGGAAGAGCUAAACUUUAACAGGGAUGAUUUAAAGAAAAAUGCCUCAGACAUGUUAGCCAUCGCAAUACCUGAGCAGAGAUAUGCAUUCGAUAAAAUUGUUACAGCUGUGUAUUGUGAUGAAGGGGGUUUUUUCUUUGUGUAUGGUCAUGGGGGUACUGGAAAAAUAUUUCUCUAG